UCCAGGGAUGGCAACCGGAAGUGCAGAAAGUUGCACCGAAUGGCUAACUUCAGACCACGGCGCGUAAAAAAUAAAUUUCUAUAGUCCGUAGCGCGAGAGUCGCUCUUCUGCAGUGCGUUCUGCUAGGCGCAUGUAAACAGCCGUGCAUAAAUCCUCGCAGUGUACGCGUACUUGUUGCUCAAACCCCUUCUCGUGCUGCUAAUAGUUGGAAUAGUGUAGUGUUGUAAAAUGUUCGAACAAAAGCAGGGAUUCCAGCAGUUGUGGGUGUACGGGAGAUGCUGCUGGUUUGUGAAUUGCCAAGUUGUAAAAUGUGUGCUGCAGCAGUCGAGCUCAUUGCUUCAGAUGUUCUGGACCAUCGCAGUACUUAUUCUCUUGUACAGAAGCUACUGCACACUUGAACAAAACUGGUGAGUGAACAGUCUGCCUUUCACACAGAGCUCCAAAAUCAAGAUGUUAGGUUAGGAUGCAUUUAGUAUUUGCAACGGUUGAGGUGAUGACUGAGAAGAGUUUAUCGAUUAUGUUGUGACUGCCAAAGUUUCAUUGCGAGACCAGAAUCCAGAAAAAAACAACGUUGGAUUAGUCAUUCAUCAGUAAAGCUCAUGUAUGCACCUACCCUAUCUGACUCUGUUGAAAGAACAAGUAUUGGAACUUAUGGUUCCAGGAGUUGACAUUCCUUACAAUGAGAUGGGAUACUACGUGCUCUCAUUAAUAUUAUGCAGUGCUGUGCAUGAGAUAGGACGUGCUAUGGCAGCAGUUAGAGAAGAUGUACGCUGAUUUUUCUUGACAAAUGCUGGUGUCUUCAUCAAAGAUAUCUCACUGGACCUUCUGGACUUUUAACAGGAGAUGUAGUACACAGAAUUCAUUACUGUUACGUAAAGAAUUCAACAAAUUGGAGAACGUGUAUUCUGCAAGCAACUCAGGCUACUGUGUAACGGAUAAGAUGGUGCAGGAAUUAGGUAAAUCUUUUCUGGCUCCUGACAAAAACAAUGGAGUCCAUAACUGCUGUGAUCAGCACAAUGUAGAAAAGGGAUAUUUAUGUUUUGAGCAUUUAGAAGGGUUUGACAUUCAGGCUCUCAAAGCUGCCAUGCACUUUUCCCUUCCUACUCGAGCAAUUGUACAAAGCUUCCAUAAUUUGUGUCAAAACAAUGACUUGUAUGUUAAGACCUGUGUUGGACAACAAAGAUUGUACAAAUUUUCCAAAGGCUUUCAUUUUACUCUGCAAGUGAGACUCCCUUAAGAAGCAAGAUACAGCAUCAGAGUGCACGCUCAAUGAUUACUUUGGCCAUAACAACCACAUUUACAUUGCUCCUUGGGUUUAAUUUGAUAAAUAUGUACCUGCAUAAAAUGUAGACUAUGUGACUUAUUAUACAUUUAUUGUGACGUAUAAGCUAGGGCAACUAUAUAAAAAUGUACAGAUAUUUACUGCUGAUGAAUUUAUAAAAAUAAAAACAGGAAAAUAAAUAUAAGAGG